AUGAUGGGCGUUACGGGUCCAAUCACAGAUGACCAGGCAGAUAAACCGCUUUCUAUUGAUGAGGAGUACGACUUAUGGAAGUCAAAUGUCCCACUAAUGUAUGACUUCGUCAGCGAGACGAGAUUAACUUGGCCCUCUUUGACAGUGGAAUGGCAGCCAGGACAGGAUCCAAGUAGUCGACAACACAUGGUAAUCGGCACACACACUUCAGGAGAGGAACAAAAUUAUUUGAAAAUUGCUUCAAUCGAGUUGCCAGACGAAAUACUACCCGAGCAGAGUACGUCAUCGAGUGACCGUACAACCAAGUCGAAUAUAAAGAUCAGUAGAAAGUUCAAGCAUGAAGAGGAGGUCAUUAGAGCUCGAUAUAUGCCACAAGACACUAAUAUCAUUGCUACGAUCAACGGUAAAGGUACGGUGUAUAUAUACGACCAAUCGAUGGAUCAGACCGAUGGGCUAAAGCUGACUUUAGAUUACCAUAAACAGAAUGGUUACGGUUUAUCCUUCAAUUCGAACGAUGAAGGGAAGCUGCUCAGUGGAUCAGAUGACACUACUGUCGCUUUAUGGGAUGUUACUGGAAAACUACUGGCUCCUAUAAGUGUCUGGACAGAGUCACAUUCUGACAUAGUUAAUGAUUGUAAAUGGCACGAAUUUGAUCUCAACAUAUUUGGGUCAGCCUCAGAAGAUUUAACAUUGAAGUUGCAUGAUCAAAGGAUAAGAGACUCUGUCACUUGUACAAUUAAAUCCAAAGAGCCGUUUAAUACUCUUUCAUUCAGCAGGCACUCCAAGUAUUUAUUUGCAGCUGCAGGUACAAAUUCCUUGGUUUACCUAUACGAUGCAAGAAAUCCAUCGAAAGUUUUACAUACAAUGCCAGGACAUGAAGGUUCCGUCACAAAUCUUGAAUUUUCGUCAAAAGAGGAUGGAAUUCUUGUCUCAUCGGGCGAUGAUCGAAGAGUGAUUAUGUGGGAUCUAGCCGAAAUAGGUGCCGAACAAGCUCCUGAUGAUGCUGAUGAUGGUGCCCCAGAAGUGAUGAUGAUACAUGCAGGUCAUAGAAGCUCUGUAAAUGAUUUCUCGAUAUCUCCAAACAUACCGUGGCUGAUAGCAAGUACAGAAGAGGAAAAUAUCAUUCAAGUAUGGAAAUGCUCCAAUAAGCUUCCUAGAGUCGGAGGAUUCGUAAAUGUAGAUGACUCCAUGCUGGAAUGA